AUGGGAACGACCUGCUGCUGCACGGAUCGACAGCCAGCGGGGGCGGAGGAAGUUUGCAAUGAUCAGCAGCAGGUUCACUUGCGGUCAGUGUGGAUGCAGAAGGGCUGGCAAGUGCUGGAAUCAGAAGGCCUGAGUGCCGAACCACCGCGCUUUGUCGACCAGGCUAUGCCUGUAAAACCUCCCAGCCUGCUGGAGCAGCUGAACGGACAAUGGUUUCGGAAGGAAGAUGGCAAGCCGCUUUGUCAGAUCUCGGAGGCCACGCUGCAGUGGGACCCAAGCCUGGCAUAUGAGAAGUGCGACAUUCGGACCCUUGGUCCUGACGCCGUACAGGUAAGCAUCAACAAGCACCUGUUCGAUGGCAGAGUCUUCUUUUCACAUGAUGGCCUGGCAGUCAUGAUAUGUUGGGCUGACGGAGAAGUUUGGCAAAAGACGCCGCCCCAAUGGCAUGACGAAGGUGUAGCUGCGUAG